CGUUCACUUGCUCCAAGCAUGGUCAGGUCCCUUUGCAGGCACCCCUGGAGGUUGGGUGGCCCAUGGCUACUGGGUCUCCUGGCCCGCCUGCUGCUCUGGGGCUCUCCAGGCGCCUGGGCGAGCUACCUGAGGAGAUCCUCCAGCUGCAUGCCCAUCCCACAGCGCAUGGCCUUAUGCUACGACAUCGGCUACUCCGACAUGAGGAUUCCCAACCUGCUGGAGCAUGAGACCAUGACAGAAGUCAUCCAGCAGUCUUCCAGCUGGCUGCCCUUGCUAGCCAGGGAGUGCCACCCAGACGCUAGGAUUUUCCUCUGCUCCCUCUUUGCACCGAUCUGUUUGGACAGGCUCAUCUACCCCUGCCGCAGCCUCUGCGAAGCCGUCAAGAGAAGCUGUGCGCCCGUCAUGGCUUGUUAUGGCUACCCCUGGCCAGAAAUCCUCAACUGCAACAAGUUCCCUGCAGAUCAUGAGCUGUGCAUUGCAGCAGUCUCCAUGGAUGAAAAUUCCUCAAGCAGAAGAGUGCCCCGAGCCAGCUGCAAGGACUGUGAGCUUGAGGAGGCCAGCACUGCCAAGGAGAUCCUGGAAAGCUUCUGUGCAAAUGAUUUUGCAGUGAAAAUCCGAAUCCUGAGGAGGAACACCACCACCACCAUCUCGGACUUCGACCUGGACCCCUCCAAAGUGGAGGUGCUGAAGCACGGCCCACUGCUCAGAACUGAAAUCCCUGCCAGGCUCCAGCAGUGGCUGGACAUAGAUGCCACCUGUGCCCACAACAUCAUGCGAGGCACUCAGGCAGGGGUCUUCGUUGUCAGUGGUGAAGUGCAGAGUGACAAAGUGGUGGUGAACAAGGCCUAUGCAUGGCAGAAGAGGAACAGGAACCUGCACCAGGCAGUGAGGAGGUGGAAGCAUCACCGCUGCCCCGAACAGGCGGGAUGGAAGGUCUGAAAAAUCUCACCUCCAGCAAUAAGAAACUGCUCCCUUCCCUAUGGCUAGAAAACUCCUUUCCCUGGCUGGUGGUGUUUUGGAGAUGUACAGUGAUAUUUCUAGUGAUUUGAAGCAGUCAUAGUGCAGAUAGGGCUUCACUACAGAUCCCAAGACAGAGCUUAAGGAUGCAGGUUUAACAUGUUCCUCUCACAAUGCUCUGUAGAUCCAGGACGUGCUAUGUUCAACUUUGCAUAGGAUCCAACAUCACAACAAAACUAUACAGGUGAGGACAAACUAGAAGAAAACUUUAAUUACAGUUCCUUCUAGUUCUUAUUAUCAGAGCUGGUAUUUCAGAUUCAUUAUUUGACCCUGAGACAUCGAUGUUGCCCAAGUGGCUGCUUACUUUAUUCCAGAGAUUACAUGAAAGUCUCCCUGACUGUGAAGUGAUACUUUUUAUGUAAUGGAGCAAAUACUUUACUCUUGAACAGUCAGAGUAAAUUAACGGGGAGAGAAACCCACCCUGGCUAUGCCUAGCCCCUUAAAAACUGCAUGCUGAACUCUGCUCUUGAGUCAGGCUGUCCCUUCAGCUUCCUGCACAGAGAGUUGAUGAGCAUCCGCACAUGCAAAAGGAAACGGCCAUUCUCAAGUAGCAAAGGCACAGAGCAGAUAGCUGAGGGUUUCUACAUAACAGGGAAAAAACUGUUUUUCAACAUCAGAAAUUCAGUGUGGAUCAGAAGAUUCUGGUAACUGGGGAUAUCACAAGAACCUUGAGAAAAGCAGAGCAUGAGAGAGACAUCAGCUGUUCAAAGCUCUGCUUUGGUGUGAACAGCAGCUUUGCUUGCGACUGGGAAGUGAUUUCCAGCCCAAGCACAGUAGGAUAUUGCAGUUUUGAUUUGGGAGCAGGGGAGAAACCUUUCACAGCUGCCUGGCCUUCCACCUGUACAUAAGGAAGAUAGAAAAUAUGGGAAAAAUAAUAUGGGAAAACUCAGUCUCUCUGCAGCUCACUAUCUCACUCAAGCAGGACUGUCACUCCCUGCAGGGGCACACACUGUGCUCCAGACCACAGAGCAGAAAACAGCAAAUCCCCAAAUGAGGAAACAAGUGGGAUUUCUACUGCCUAACAAAGCACUGUCCGUGGAAAGUUUUCUAUAUUGGUUGAAACCUGUGGCUGAAAUAAAAAACCAAAACAAGUGGAAAAACCAGCCUUUGGGAGGAAUGCUUUCUGCCUUGCUGGUGACACCUGCAGCACUGGCCGUGCAGAGACAGACGGUCUGCUGGAGACACACCGGUUUGCUGGGGACAAUUCGGUCUGCUGGGGACACAUCGGUCUGCUGGGGACACACUGCCUCCCCGUGUUCACAGGGCACACCAGCAACCCACGCUGCGGGCUCCUCAGACACACACCGCAAUUCAGCUGCGCCCUGACAUUUGUGCAGUGCUUACUUCUCUUCCCCGAGGUUCAGAAGAAAAACACAACCAAAUUUCCUAUUUUUAUUCCUCUCCACUGUCUUGUCUUAGAAAUUGCUGCUCAAUCCACUGAAUGUACUGUCAGGUGGUCCCUGCAAUGGCAGUAUCUUCUGAACAGACUGCGUUUGGAAAACAAAACACAUAAAAGCUCUGAAGGUUGAAAA